AUGGCAGUGGAUAGUGAUGAGGAGGAGACCUACCCGGAGAAGCGCCUAGGCAAGUUUGAAAAGGUCAAGCUGAAUUUGGUGGCCCAGGAUAUUGCUCACUUUUUUCGACCUGCGUCAACCGCCACUUCUGCGUCAAUUCCUGACGCGUUACGCCAAAAGAUUCUCAAGAAGAGGCGUCUCAGUAUGAAUGAUACGCCGCGUUUCUCAAUUCGCUUUAACAACGCAGAAAUCUGUCGAAUUUUUGACUUUGGACGAACUACACGAACUCGCUCUUCAUCCAUUGGGAGCAGUGGCCGAGGCAUAUUGCAGUCUUCUCCUGAUCAAACAACAAUCGAUAGCACGGAGGCGUUUCGCGAUGAUACCUACUACACAGAUGGCUCAGCCAAACCAAUCAUGUCAUUUCGAGGCGGCAGCUCUUGGAGGCACCUAGAUGCGGAGCGUGAUAACGUUUAUCUUGAUUUAUUCUGGUCCUCCCAUAAGGAAAAUCCGUUUCGCCCAGAAAUUAUGCCGAUUGUCGAGCUUGCUCCCCUUUCAAACUUCCGUCACCUGCGCAUCCUGAAACUCACUGGUAUGCUUCAGUCAUAUCAGCCCUAUAUUUGGCAGGCAGUUUGGCUCAACCAGAAUUUGGAAGAGUUGCAUUUAGAAAUGGCAUUAGAGCCGUGCAUCCGCCAAACCUUCUGCGCAAGUUGGCCAAAAAUUCGAGGGAAUUGGUUUCCACGUACUGCAGUAGCAGUCCGAGGACUUUAUUACGGGAAGAGUGGACGAGGGGAACUGCAACGUCGAGUCGGGUUUGGAGAAUAUUUAGAUAAACAUGCAAUCGCAGCAGCAAAGAUUGCAGCAGCAGCAUUGGGUCCUACGUCGGAAAAGCUACCGGUGGUGAAACUAACGCUUAUGGGUUUUGUGGUGGAUUCGGAUCCUUUCUUCCUUUGGUUCAACCCCCACCGUCUACGCAGUAUCGAUUUCAAAGACCACUGCGUAGACGCUGGGUUUGCCCUUCCUGUUAAAAUGAGUGAACAUGUCAUUGUGUCUUGGCCCCGGGAGGACAGUAUUGGGGAGGCUAAGGGGGCAAAGAAAGUUUGGCCUGGAGAAAUUCGGCUUAUACAUUUGGGCUCAAAGAAGGAACAUGUUAAGACCAGCAGCAGUAGCAAAGGACGUAACAAGGGGAAAACCAAAGCGCGUACCUGGGGGUGGACGUCAAAAUCAAGAUAA